ACAUUAGCUAGCCCUUCGCUGCCGCCUUUUGGAUUCCUUCUAUUAAUUGUCUCGUCUCUCUCCUUUCGCUGGAUCGAUUCUCUCUACUUAAGCUGCCGAUCGUUGCACUGCUGUUUCUGUAGCCGCCAUAUUCAUCUUGCCGUUGUUAUCCUCUCUCUGCUACUCAGUGGAGUGGUUGAUUUUUUGCUCUAUUGGAUAUGGAGACACAAGUAGCAGAGGGCGGCGGCGGGGGGAGGCGCCGGCAGCAGCAGCAACCCGCCGGAUUAGGUCAGAUGCUGACAGGGAUAAUUAGGGUAGCAGUUUUCUGGUACUUCGCCUCUAAAUUUUUUGGACCCAAGAGAUCUCCUACUCAAUCCACACACCAGAUCUCCAACCUCUUUCAAAAAGGCGAACCCUUGGAUAUGUGGCUGUACCUUUCUGAGAAAGAGAAGUUUAAUGACUUUGGAAAUGAAGCACUCCUUGUUUGGCAGGAGACAAAUAUACCCUAUGCACUUUGGACUGCAGAUUCAACAAGAACUGUGUCCCUGAAGUAUUAUCCUUCUGAGGCAUUAAAGAACAAUGGGAGUCUCUAUGCUCAUGUUUUCUUUGCUAGGUCUGGCUAUCCGCCAGAUCCUAAGGAUCCUGAGUACCAGCCGUUGGCUUCUUUUGGGUUGACCCAUCGUGUGGUUAUAUACUUACCCAAGUCGAAGGCUGACAAGAAGAAGAGUUUGUUGGGGGACACAGAAAGCACUAGCAAUGAUGAAAAGGUAGUCCAAGAUGCAUUUGUUGAUGACAAAGAGAUUGGGCCAAUUGAAUGGACUUCAUACUGGAAGCCUAAUAUUACAAUAAAUCUCGUUGAAGAUUUCACUAGAUAUCCUCAGAAUGCAGUGCCUCCAAAUAUUGCUCCUUAUAUGAACAUUGAGCCUAACACAGGAAACUACUAUCCAACUAUCUUCUUCAAUGAAUUUUGGUUACUCCGAGAUAAGUUGAUACCAAUAAAUGAGACAGUGAAUGAAUUGCCCCUGAAUCUCGAGGUGGGCCCUAUUAGCAUGACGAAAUGGCAAUUAUUUCUACAGAUUGAUCAGUCAUUCCAGAUUCAUCGUAAUUAUGGAAGCAUGCUUGAAGGUGAAGCUGAUGAACUAAAGAGAGUUUUUCUGGAAGGAAAUCCUUACCUUCUUGCCGUGACCAUGGUUGUUUCAAUACUUCACUCUAUAUUUGACUUCUUGGCUUUCAAGAAUGAUAUUCAAUUUUGGAAUAAAAACAAGUCCAUGGAGGGAUUAUCAGCAAAAUCUGUGGUUGUGAAUUUCUUUUGCCAACUAAUUGUCUUCCUUUAUUUGCUUGACAAUGAAACUUCAUGGAUGAUACUUGCAAGCUCUGGCAUUGGCUGCUGCAUAGAGUUCUGGAAAAUUGGAAAAGCGAUGCAUGUUGAGAUUGACAGAUCUGGUAAGAUACCAAUGUUGAGAUUCCGUGACCGGGAGUCAUAUGCAAAAAACAAGACAAAGGAGUAUGAUGAUCUAGCCAUGAAAUACUUGUCAUAUGUUCUCUUCUUUCUUACCGCUUGUUUCUCUAUAUACUCUCUGAAAUACGAAAGGCACAAAAGCUGGUAUUCGUGGAUCCUUUCGUCCCUUACAAGCUGUGUCUACAUGUUUGGUUUUGUCAUGAUGUGCCCUCAGUUGUUUAUCAAUUAUAAGCUGAAGUCUGUUGCCCAUUUACCUUGGAGGCAGAUGACAUAUAAAUUCCUGAACACAAUCAUCGAUGACCUCUUUGCAUUUGUUAUAAAGAUGCCCAUACUGCACCGGCUUUCUGUCUUCCGUGAUGAUGUUAUAUUUUUGAUAUAUCUGUACCAAAGAUGGAUCUAUCCUGUGGACAAGAAAAGGGUGAACGAGUUUGGUUUUGGAGGGGAGGACGAGCAGCAGCCUGAAGGCACAAUCACAGAUGGUGCUGCCACAGAAGAAGAAGAAGAGCAGGAGGGUGAUAAGAAAACUAACUGAGCUGAGGUGAACUGAACUCAACUCAACUCAAUUUUUCUGUGUUAAGUUAAUUGCAUUGCAGGUCACGGUGUUUAGUUUUUUUUUUUAUUAUAGAGUAUGGUAGCGCCUUCCAGCUUACUUGGUUGUUAUCAUACGUGUGGUUGCACAACUUUAUUUGCUUGUUGCAUUUUAAUUAGGGAAUAUAAAGAUAUUAUUAUAUUUGAAAAAUGUAUUGCAUCAUCUUUGUUAUAUGAUU